UACGCGUGAAAGUAAAAUUUAUUAUAUCUGUUUUACAUAUACGUCUUCUUUACAAUUUGAUAAUACUUAAUAAAAGUUUAUUUUCAACCUUAAAUCACUGUAAUAGAAGCAAGUAUAUUAAUUUCAGCCGCAUAUAAGAUUAAGCCAAGGUCUGGGUCUCCAGAAAUAAAUAUUACUCCAGAAUCAAACGGUGCCAAGUUUUACGUUGUGUCGUCAGUCAAUUGAAGAAAAGCGUCGCAGAUGGACAAUCGUGUUAAGUGCCAGUGCGAAAAGUGUUUAUGUGCGUAUUAAUAAACAAAUUCAUAUCACAAUUUUUUACCAUAAUCUGUGAUUAACAUAUUCGAAUUUCAAAUUUUGGCGGCAGCGAAAAAAAUGGAAGACGAUUAUUACCACGUGGUGACAAGGAUGGAAGACAUAACCGAGCAGGACGACAGACACCUAGCGGGCGCGCGGAAAGAAAUAAGAAAUGAUUUACACAUUAUUAUACCUGAAAACCCGUUCCCUGAUGAGGAAGUGGACGCAUACCCACCUCUAAAAUACUCCUGGGUAAUUCCCGAAAAACUUGCAGCCAUGGCAUUUCCACGACACAAGGAGAAUGUACAGUUUUUAGUUAACCAAGGCAUAACACACCUGAUAACACUGACGGCGGGAAAAAAGCCGCCGAUAGACGAUAUACCGAGAUUGCGAUGGACAGAGAUACCCGUCGAAGAGUUCGGGGUCCCCACGGUAGAACAAAUCGAGAAAUUUAUUGAUAUUUGUAAGAAAGCUGAUAAAAAUGGAGAGGUGCUCGGCAUCCAUUGUCGUCAAGGACGCAGCAGAUCUGGUGUGAUGCUGGCUUGCUACUUGGUACACUUCCACAGAUUCCAUCCCGAGCAAGCGUUAAACGUCAUCCGGAUGAUACGACCAGGUUCCUGUGACUUUGGCGAUCAAGAAGAGGCUGUCGGCAGAUAUUACGAACGACUAACAGAAAAUAAUCCUUUAAGAUUUGGUGUUAGCGGCGACGUUAUGGAAGAAUUUAUAGAGGCAGCAAGGGAGUAUACUAAGAAAAUGCUUUAGUUGCAAUGUUUAAUCUAAUUACAGAUUGUAACUCACUUUCAAUUACGUGAAACUUUAUAAGGAAAUAGUUUAUAAACUUAAAAUAAUAAUAAAACUUAAAGCGUUGUGUUAAUUUAAAGGUCUACUCCAUCUAGGUCUGUUACUUGUGACAAAUGAAUUAUGCUGAGGUUUAGAAGUCGCUUUGCCAUUUGCGGGUUAACUGCUGGCCUGCAGUCCACAUUUUGCAACCAUCUCUGAUUUUGUAGUACUGUGAAUCUUUGGCGAAUCCGAUUUCGCGCUAAGCAAGGGGCUCUUUGCAAUCUCGUCUUCAACAUUAUUGCUGAGAGAUCCUCUGUGUCCCUUUAAUAGUUGUUGGAUACGAAAAUAUUGUUAUCUACUCUAUGUAUAGGUGUGUUUCGUGUGACAAAAGUAGUUGCGUCUACGGCUAGAAUCCUGUCUUUUUUUUUAAUAAAAAAUCGAACUAAAUAUCCUGUCAAAGCCUUUUGACAGAACUGUUUUUUUUUAAAAUAAUUUUAUGGCCUGGUAACGAGACAGAGCUGUUAUUUCGACAUGAAAAUGGUCAGAAUCAAAAUUUGUUUGGGAACAGCUCACGUGUUGUCACGUGACAACUUUCCAUAUAUUCUUUGGGGAUGUGGCCGAGGGAUUUUGCCUCAAAUCUCUUGUCAUUUUAAUAAAUUAAAUGUUACAUUUUUGGUUGUCAGUUGAUGAUUUUAAAGUUUUCCUAAAUUAAAAAUGAUAUGUAUCAAUAAUGCUAGCGGCUCUACAGACGCUAUUAAAAAAUAUUUUUUUUUUACUGUGAGCAAUUAAUUUGAUCGUUUGAUGAGCGUAAUUGCGGAAAUUGUAAAUUCUGUUCUACGUGAGACGCUUAUGUUUAUUUUGGCACGAAUACACACGGAAACUAUUUGUAAACGUUUUUCUUUGAUAUCACAUAACAAUGUUUUUAUUUGUAUGAAAAUUGUCGAUAGAGCAUAAUGACAUGAAGGAAAUAAGUUUGUGCUCAUUUUAUAAGUCCUGUAAUUUGUGUAUUUCUUAAGGCAAGUAGGUGAUCAGCCUGUGCCUACAAUACUGAAACAUUGUUUUUUAGCCAACGUAAAUGAAUAACGUUAUUUUUGCUGGGAAAUUCGUUAUCAUGCGUUAACUAUUAAGCCUUUAUGGAAUAAAAAUUGUAAAGUAUUUAAAAUUAGGCUAUAUUGUUAGCUUCAUUAUACUAAGGUUUGUCUGUGAUGCACUUUUUUUGUUGUGUACCUGAUAAUAAAUGUUAAUAUCGUUUGA